AUGGCUGACGUUGAGAAAGCAUCGGAUAAUCCGCCGGACACCAAGACCGGCGAGUCGAGAGUCUAUGUGGACACUGAGGCGGAGAAGGGCUUCGUCCGCAAGGUGGAUUGCUUUGUGCUACCAUUGCUGUGCUUGAGCAACCUCGCGAAUGCAAAAACAGAUGGGCUUGAUAAAGAUAUCAACCUCAAGGGAAAUGAGUACUCGCUGCUGAUUCUGAUCUUCUACAUCCCGUUCGGCUUGUUUGACCUGCCAUGGAACCUGUUGAUCAAGCGGUACUCGGCACGGAUCAUGCUGUCGCUGACUAACUCUGUAGUGACCGUUGUUUGGGGAAUCUGCGCCCUGUGCCAGUGUGCAGCACACAACUUUGGCAGUCUACUCGCCGUUCGCAUUAUCCUAGGAAUCUUUGAAGCCGGCUUCUUCGCCGGAGCAACAUUCUACUUCACCCUCUUCUACACCCGCGGCGAGAUGGGCUUCCGCCUCGCAAUCCUGCAAUCCAUGGCCGUCCUUGCCUCAGCCUUCAGCGGGCUGAUCUCAUUCGGGCUCUUCCAAAUAAACCACCCAACCGUGCACGGCUGGCAGUGGCUAUUCAUCGUAGAAGGCGGAAUGACGCUCAUCAUCGGCAUCAUCGGGUUCUGGUGGCUCCCUGACAAUGGACAGACAGCGUGGUUUCUGAACGAGCGCGAGCGUGCUGCUGCGUCGGCGCGUCUGCUGCGUGAUACUUCGUCUGAGGUUGAGACGAAGCUGGAGUUGAAAGCUGCGUUUCAGACGUGGAAUGAUUGGAAAUUCCCGAUCUGGGCCGUUAUCACGUUUACGUAUCCCGUGGCGUAUGCGACUGCUAUGAAUUUCUUUCCUUUGAUUGUGAGUCGGCUGGGCUAUGACACUGUCAAGACAAAUCUGUGGACGGUUGCCCCGAAUCUUGUCGGCGCGGUGAUAUUGCUCGUCGUUGCCAAAUCGUCGGAUAUGUUCCGCGAGCGGUCCCUGCAUAUAAUCUUCUCACUGGUGGUCUCUCUAGCUGGCAUGCUCGUACUGGCAAGUAUAGACGUGGUUGAGAAUAAAGGAGUCUCGUACUUUGCGUGUUUCCUCCUGGCAGCCGGUGCGUAUAUCCCCAGCUGUCUGGUGCAUGCAUGGCACAACAACAACAACACCAACGAGAACUCCCGCGCUGCCAAUACGGGAUUCUUCGUGGGCCUUGGUAAUCUAGCUGGUAUACUGAGUGCUGCCACGUUCCGCACGGAGUAUGCGCCCAAGUACAUUCCGACGCUGGUAGCGACGUGUGCGUGCAACGGGGUCUGCAUUGUAGCUACAGCGUUCAUGGGGACCUGGAUGCGGAUUGAGAAUCGGCGACGAGAUCGAGAGCAGGGGGUUAGUCUGCGUGCUGGGCAGGUCGAGACGUCGCAGCUGGCAGAGGGAGAGAAGAGCCCUGAGUGGCGAUAUUUUUUCGCCAUGAAGAAACACGCGUGCGAGUAUCCUGGCUGCGACAAGGCCUUCACCCGGGCCGAGCACCUGCGGCGACACUCGCUGAACCAUGAGACUGCGAACAAUGGAUACACCUGCCAGCGAUGCUUCACUCAUUUCUCUCGUCCAGACCUCCUGAGUCGCCAUAUGAGCCGGCACGCGAAGAAGGAUGCCGAGGCCGGGGGAGCCGGCAAGGGUGUGUUGGAGACGAGGAAGAGGAUGCGCCGGGCUGAGGAUGGCUCGAUUAUCGUGCGGCCGCCCAAGAGACAGUCGCAGUCUCGCCAGAAGGCCAUGUCCUCGUCUCUGUCGGUGAGGAGCUCGCCGAGCCAUCCUGAGGGUGCCCCGGUGUCUCCUCCUGGCUCAUCGGGGGAUCCUGUCUCGACGUCGACCAUGUCCAUCGGCGAGACUGAACUCACGGACCCUGAUCCAUUGCUGGCGCCGAUGAUGCCUGGUCCGUUUGAGCCGUAUGUCGAGCCGAUUCCAGGGCAGUUCGACGCGGCUGAUGGCUCGUGGAGCACUGGCUUUGAGACGGACAUGUUCAUGAACGACACUGCAACCGAUUUUAAUCUCCCUUUUGCGGCGACCGGCAAUUACAACUGGUUGUUCGAUGUGGCCUCGCUUGACGAUGCUUUCCACCACCUGGAGCUGCCUCUUGGUCCUGAUCUCGUACCGUUCACCGAUCCAAUCGACCUGCCAGAUCCCAUGGCAGACUUGAAUCUCGACCUCGAUUUGAACGACCUCCCUACCACUUUCGACCAAGACGGUUCUUCAGUGCUUCUUCAAGCUGCCUCCUUUGUAGAAAAGUCCAGCCCAGAACAGCGGCGCGAGUUGACCGACUUGGACUGGAUGGGCGGACCAACACUGGACAACAGCAUCUCAUUACAGCCCCAGCUCAACGACGACGCUCGCCGGGGGAUUUUAACAUUAAUUGCACAGAGUCCACCGGUCGAUAUCCACGGACAGCCUCUAAACCUCGACUCGCCGCUGCUCUCGCUCUCUGCCCUGCAGAGCUAUAGCGACUUCUUCUUCUCCCGCUUCAACACCACAUACCCUCUCAUCCACACCGCAACCUUCGACCCAAACACCAUCGAGCCCGUCUUCCUCGCCGCGAUCCUCUCCAUGGGCGCUACCUACAGCAGCCGCGAAGCCCACCAGCUGGCCGUCGGCAUCCACGACGCCCUGCGCAACCAGCUCUUCUGCCACGGCGCCUUCUCCCCGCAGCCGGACCUUUGGGUGCUGCAGGCCAUGCUGCUCAUCGACUGCUUCGGCAAGAUGCGCGCAGGCCCGAAGCAGCGCGAAAACGCCCAGCUCUUCCACUGCGUCCUGAUCAAGCUUAUCCGGCGGUCAACGUGUACUUCAAUCCGCAAUAUCAGCACAAUACCGACUCUCGAAACACCGACCUCGGAACGAGAGGAGGCAUGGAAAUCGGCUAUGGACGCGGAACAGCGCAAACGUCUUGCAUUCCAGUGCUUCAUGUGGGAUACGGAGCACUCCGUCCUCUUCUCGCAGUCGCUGUGCAUGUCCGCGUUUGAAAUCCGCUCGUCCCUCCCCUGCUCUGCGGCUGCUUGGGAAGCACACACGGCUGAAGAAUGGUCCCGCCAUGCAGCUCGGGAUACAGAGCAUAGCUUCCUGCCUGUACUGAAGGGGUACAUCACGCCUGGAGCUGUACCUAGACCGCGUGAUUUAAACGAAACACCCGAGCGCAUGGGCGCCUGGACACCGAGAGUCGGACGGGCAUACGAUCUCUGGAAAGCAGACUUCGACGCAGACUGCCUCAAUAUGAAGCUAGGCUCGCAAGCACCAGCAGACGAAUGUAAGCGCUUCGCGGCGCUGAAACCGGCAGCCAUGGCUCUAUACCGCGCUGCGUCGCUGGCGCUGCAUGUUGAGGUCCUCGAUCUACAGAUUGCUGCUGGGGCGUCGCAGAUUCUAGGGCGGGUGGUUACGCCCAGUGACCGUGAUCGCUCGCGUGGUAUGCUCGCGCGCUGGCUAUCUGGUCCUGGGUCGGAGUGUACAGCUGCGUCUCGCCAUGCGGCGUUUCUUCUCCAUGAUGCCGUGCUGAGUUUGCAUGAUUGGGAGCAGACGGAUGCGUUUCAUUUCCCGUGGUGUCUGUACCUUGCUACGUUGACGGUGUGGGCGUUUCAUACGGGUAUGCGGGAUGAUGGGAUACAGAGGCCGAGACCGACGGAUCUGUCGUCAUUGAUUGUGGCCAUGACGACGUCGAAUGGGGGUGAAUUGGCGGCGUUGGCUGGGGAGUAUGAUACGAGGCCGUUGGUUAGGGCUAUGGCGCAGCAGUUGGCGACGGUGCGGUGGGCGAUGGUGCAUGACGCUAUGAAGGUGUUGGUUGGGUUGGGUUAA